AAUGCUGCUGCCUCCUGGAGCAGAGGGAGGCAGGAGAGGAGGGAGGGAGUAGAGGGGAAGGGAGGGGGAGGCGGCACUUGGGCUGCAGCUUGCAACCAGAGGCAGUCUCUCUCAGCUCUCGGGAGGGACGGGGAGCGGCAGCCGCGGAGUAGGAUGCUCUGCGGGGCGCCCUGAGCCAGGGGCGCGUGAAGCAGCUUUGGGGGCCGGGGCCGGGGCCACAGGGCAGCUUUCACCAUGCAUCAGUCCCUGACUCAGCAGCGGUCCAGCGACAUGUCCCUGCCGGAUUCCAUGGGAGCCUUCAAUCGGAGGAAAAGAAACUCCAUCUAUGUCACCGUGACUUUGCUUAUUGUGUCCGUAUUAAUACUCACGGUGGGCCUCGCUGCAACCACCAGGACCCAGAAUGUGACUGUUGGAGGUUACUACCCAGGAGUUAUUCUCGGCUUUGGAUCAUUCCUCGGAAUCAUCGGAUCAAACCUCGUAGAGAACAAACGGCAGAUGCUGGUGGCUUCCAUCGUCUUUAUCAGCUUUGGUGUGAUUGCAGCCUUCUGUUGUGCGAUAGUCGACGGGGUCUUUGCUGCCAGACACAUUGACCUGAAACCACUCUAUGCUAACCGGUGCCACUAUGUCCCCAAGACAUCCCAGAAGGAAGCUGAGGAGGUGAACUGCCCUCACCUCAGCCGUGGAUUCUGCACACCUCGCAUCCGGGGCAACACCUGCUUCUGCUGUGACCUCUACAACUGUGGCAACCGGGUGGAGAUCACCGGUGGCUAUUACGAGUACAUCGACGUCAGCAGCUGCCAGGACAUCAUCCACCUCUACCACCUGCUCUGGUCCGCCACCAUCCUCAACAUCGUUGGCCUGUUCCUGGGCAUCAUCACUGCCGCUGUCCUGGGGGGCUUUAAGGACAUGAACCCAACCCUCCCAGCACUGAACUGUUCUGUUGAAAAUGCCCAUCCAACUGUUGCCUACUAUGCUCGUCCUCAAGUGGCCUCCUACAAUACCUAUUACCAUAGCCCUCCGCACUUGCCGCCUUAUUCUGCUUAUGACUUUCAGCAUUCCAGCAUCUUUCCAUCCUCCCCUCCCUCUGGACUUUCUGACGAGCCCCAGUCUGCCUCUCCUUCGCCCAGCUACAUGUGGUCCUCGAGUGCUCCACCCCGAUACUCUCCACCCUACUAUCCGCCUUUUGAAAAGCCACCCCCUUACAGCCCCUAAAGAAUGCCUGCUGGCUAUUGAGAUUGUGGCUUUUGUAUUUCUGCUUUAGUGGAAGUGUGUAGGGUACAAAAGUUAAAGUCUGAUUCUUACGCCUAAAGUUUUCCGAUGGCCUGCAGGUUAGGGAAAGAUAGAGAAGCUUAUUUGUUAUCAGUGCAGAGCUCCCAGGGCAGCGCACUCUCUCAGCAAGGCCCAAGAGCCAUCCCAGCAAGAAAUUUGUCAUAUAUGGACCUGCAUUACCCUAUGGCUCCACCUCUGUAUGCAGCAGAAGCGUGCCUGCCACCUGCUUCACUUUGUGCAAACAGAGUGUUGUCCUCGGGCCCUUGGCAGAUUGCCGCCCAGCACCUUGGUUGAAACACCUGGCUUGUAAGGCCCUAUCUUUCCCUACCACUUAAGUCAAUCCCUAAGGAAAAUUUCCCAGGUGAUGGGGCUACAUCAGUGCAGAGAGUUCUGGCUAAGAUUUUGUUUGCCCGUGUCUAGAUGUUGAAAAAGAGCUGCCCGAAUCUCUUACUCCUUUCUUCUCUGUAUUGUAAAAAAAUGGCUGUUGUGAUCAUUCAGCUCAGCUUUUGUGAUUGGUACCUCCCAAAGGGAAAAGUGCAAUAUUCCUCCGGGUUUAUGGGGAACAGGACUGAUUGUUCAAGAAGCACUGAAAUAACACAGAGCAACACGUGAAACGUUUUAUGUAGAUCUCAGUUAUACGUCAGAUAACUUGAGAGAUGUUGGCUCGACUACAUAUUGCAGAUGCUGCAGGAGACAGAAAUCUUACGGUUAAAAUUCAGAGUUUAAAAAUGCUAGAUUAGGUUCUUGGGUCGUGUUAUGAACUGUUAACUAAUCUUUGUGACUAUUUAAUCUUCAAAUAUUGUGCUUCAACCCCAGCAAACCGCACGUAUCCUGCACCCCACCCCAAAAGAAUCAUCAGUAUUUUAAUGCCACUGCUCUUAUUGGUCCUUUUUUUUGUUGAGACCAAUCAUGACAGCGUUCAAGAUUAUGAGUGUUACAAUGCCGCUUCAAGCCCGCAAAACCUCAAAUGUAGCCAACUUGACAAAUUCUUAUGUGUUAUCGUAUAUUUAAAAUCCAUCUGGCCCACCGUGGUAGGUAUUUUUAUAGUUCUUUUACUUACACAAAGCUUUAAACCUCAAUCUGAUGAAUUUAACACUUUGGCACCCACACCUUCACUUCAGAAUGAACACUUUCAUUGCAAUCUCGUUAACCUAAGAAUUGACUGAUUUUAAAGGAAGACUGAUAAUUCUACACUUGCACAACAUUAAAAUAUAGGGCUAUAGGAGGGUACCUAAUUAAGACAGUUUCACAGACACAGAACACAUACAGGAAAAAUUUCCAGCCAAUUUUGCUACCUCCCAACUUGAUGGAUUAGAGGUAGCAGGCAAACGCUGGUGCUCCCAUCUACCUUACAGACACCCAGCCGUCAAGAAUUAUCAAGGCACAACAAGUGCCCACAUUGCUCACAGUAAAUGUUUGCAAAACAUCCAGUUUAACUUUUAGCUUCAUGAAUGAUGUCUCAUCCAGAUUUCAAAUUUGAACAACUCUAAUCCUUUUGCGUUAUAUGAAAUUACUAUUAUUUUCUACAGUUCUAGCAUAGUAAAAUUCUAUUGGAUUUCAAAAAGGGUCUAAUAACCAAUUGACUAACUAUACAAAUGUCAACUUGUAAUACUCAAUGAAAUUUUUUUGCUGUUUACACUUUACAUUUUGCUUUAGUGAACAUACGAGUAUUUAUUUUUAAAAGGCACCAUUACACAGUAUAGCCUACAUUUAUCACAUUUCUUAAAAGUGUUAAGAUUCUAUGACUCAUUUCUAUGUAUUUUUCUUACUUUACAAAAUAACUUGAAACAGUAUAGAUUUUGUAACACUUAAUUUGAGCAGCUUCUUUUUUUAUUAUAUUGAAUUAUAAAGUGCAUGUUACCUUAGAAAAAUUAAUAUUUGCUGCUUUACUCUUUUGCAAAAACAUUUGCUGUAAUGAAAGAAUUUGUAUUUCCAAAAUGUACCUUGAUUGCAUUUUGUAAUAUUUACUGCUUUAUUCCAAAUCCUGCUUCAAAGUAUUGAACUGGGCAUGACAUAUUAAAAUACUAAUCCAGAACCCAUAUAAACUGGAUGUUGCUUAAAAUCUGUAUCACUGCCAUGUUGGAAACCCAAACUGCUUUUGUGAUGUUUCAAAUUAAUAAAAACCAUCCUCC